GAGGGGUUUCACUCAGUUUUAUCAGAACCCAGAACAGCCCCCCCCUCGCCUCCCCUGCCUUAGCCUGAAUCUCUCGUUUUCUCAAUCUCCCAGAUUGAAAAAGGUCAAAUUGUAAAGUGGAGGAGGAGGGUACUGGGGUCUGAGGUAAAGGAACAGAAAAGGUAAAGGAGUUAGUAGCAGUAAAAACUCAAACCGUACAUCCUUCUCAGAGCAGGCAAGCAUUGGCUCCAGACACCAACUCCCCUCCUCUGUCUUGAUACUAAAGAAAAGAAAAUAUUAUUACUUUUUUUUUCUCUCUCUCUUUUGUUUCUUACAGUCCACUCUCCUCUUCUAUUAGUUUAUGCGUUUCCGUAGUGUUGUCAGAGACAAGAGCUGCCAGGCAGCUUAGCUUGCAGCAUCAGAAGCAUCAGAGAGGUUCAGACAUAACAUAAGCAGAGUGUGUGGGUGAGAGAGAGAGAGAGAGAAGCAAUAUAAUCAGAACCGUUAGUUUUUCCAUCUACAGAAAUUAUGCAGGCCAAUGGUCCCUGAAAUAAAUAAACCUACUCUACUCUACUCUACUCUCCAAGCCAUCUAGUAAUUAUAAACCACACGCAUUCACUCAUCCUCAACACACAGAACCUACUUUAUUUCUUCCUGCAACAGUCCCUGCCCUUUCACUUCACUCUUAAAACUUAAAAGUUGUUCUUUUCCGUCUUCUUCUUAAGCUCUUCUCUUUUCGAGAGUUCCCUCCCCUCCUUCUCCUUCUCCUUCUCCUUCCAGAGUAAAAUGAUAAUGAGUGGAGGAAACAGGUUUCCCUUCACUGCAUCCCAGUGGCAAGAGCUUGAGCAUCAAGCACUAAUCUACAAGUACAUGGUUUCUGGCAUCCCCAUCCCUCCUGAUCUCCUCUUCACCAUCAAAAGAAGCGUCUGUUUGGACUCUUCAAAGCUCUUUCCUCACCAACAUCCACAUUUUGCUUGGAGCUGUUUUCAGAUGGGUUUAGGGAGGAAAACGGAUCCAGAACCAGGGAGGUGCAGGAGAACAGAUGGAAAGAAAUGGAGAUGCUCAAAAGAAGCAUACCCAGAUUCCAAGUACUGUGAGAGACACAUGCAUAGAGGGAAGAACCGUUCAAGAAAGCCUGUGGAAGUUGCAACACAAACACAAUCAACAUCGCCACCAACUGUCUCAUCAAUCACCAGAAACCACUCUAAUAACUCAUUACUAACAACAUCCUCCCAUUCUCAUCUUUCGUUAUUAAUGUCACCUGAGACCCAACACCAGAAUCACCUUCACUAUCCUGCAGGUUACCAUGCCCAUCCAAACCAUCAAUUUUUGUCUUCUUCAACACCCACCGGAAUUGGUCUGUUACCUCAAGAAAAUUCUACCCACUUGCUUUUGGACUCUGGUGGUUCUUCUAUGACCAAUACAGAUUUCAGGAGGAGUGUUUACGGGCUGAAAGAGGAGGUUGACGAACAUGCUUUCUUCUCAGAACCUUCAGGUUCUAUGAGACGCUUGUCUGGUUCAUCUUUGGAUGAUGCUUGGCAACUCACCCCGCUCACAAUGAACUCUUCUUCUUCUAGUACCAAUUCUUCAAAGCAGAGGAGUUUGUCUAGUUUACAUAAUGAGUAUUCUUAUUUGCAGCUUCAAAGCCUAUGCGAUCAUGAUAUCCCAAAACAACAAAAACAGCAUCAACAUAACUAUCUUCUGGGAAAUGAUAUAAGUAAUCUAGGACCCAUAAAAAUGGAGAAGGAAGAACCCCAAAAGACUGUUCAUCGUUUCUUUGAUGAGUGGCCACCAAAGAAUAAAGAAUCGUGGUUUGAUUUGGAUAACAGAUCAUCAAACAGUGCUUCAGUUUCAACAACGAGGCUCUCAAUAUCCAUUCCUUCAUCACAUGACUUUCUUCCGAUAUUUAAUUCAAGAACUAAUAAUGAUGCUUGAGUUUACAUCGGUGGGUUUCUUGAUGUACUAGUCGGUGGUGGGGGGGCUCACUGCUUUUUGUCAAGAGGGCUAAUAAGAACUGCUCAACUCUUUUGUUUCUUUCUCCAAAAUGUGAUUGAGAUUGGAUUAUGUGGGUGUUUAAUGAAGUAUCCAAUGUCUUUUGCUUU